CCCUGGAGCUCCUCAAGACUGCUAUUGGCAAGGCUGGCUACUCUGACAAGGUGGUCAUUGGCAUGGAUGUGGCUGCCUCAGAAUUCUACCGUGAUGGAAAGUAUGACCUGGACUUCAAAUCCCCCGAUGAUCCCAGCAGAUACAUUUCUCCUGACCAGCUGGCUGACCUGUACAAGGGCUUUGUCAAGAACUACCCCGUGGUGUCCAUUGAAGACCCAUUUGACCAGGAUGACUGGGCUGCCUGGAAGAAGUUCACUGGCAGUGUUGGCAUCCAAGUGGUCGGUGAUGACCUGACGGUGACCAACCCCAAGCGCAUUGCCAAAGCUGCCGAGGAGAAAUCCUGCAACUGCCUUCUGCUCAAGGUCAACCAGAUCGGCUCUGUAACAGAGUCCUUGCAAGCCUGCAAGCUCGCCCAGUCAAAUGGCUGGGGUGUGAUGGUGAGUCACCGUUCUGGAGAGACUGAAGAUACCUUCAUUGCUGAUCUCGUGGUUGGGCUCUGCACUGGCCAGAUCAAGACUGGUGCCCCUUGCAGAUCUGAGCGUUUAGCCAAGUACAACCAGCUGCUGAGAAUUGAAGAGGAGCUUGGCAGCAAGGCACGCUUUGCUGGAAGAAACUUCAGGAACCCCCGUGUCAACUAAGCUGUGUGGGCCAAACAAAGCCUGUCCUGGUUUAAAGCACUAGUCACCUACUUAGUUAACUGUACUAGAAAGAGAAGGGCAGCUGAAGGAAAGACCAUUUUGCAGGUCCUCUUCCCCCUAGAUGAUUCCUUCACCUAGUGUUUUCACCAGCUCUGAUUUGUUGUUCUUAAGUGCUUUACCGCUUUUGUAGAUGAGUCCCUGUGGGGUUUUGUGUUAUUAAACACUCUGGGACCUUGUGACUCUGGGCAUAAACAUUUAAUUCCCUUCUCUGCCUGUUCACUCUUCGAUGUUUGGAGUUGUGUAACCUGCAGUGCAGCAAAAGGUGCCUGCAAACAAAUAGUAGUGUUUUUACAUGUGAGAAAUAAAAGCAUCAAACAAUUU